CAGGAAAGGUGUGGUUUUGUUAUGGGGACCAGCAUAUAGGGAGGCUGUCUUACGUGUCCUGUGAGCUGGGAACCAUGUGUAACACUGACUUCAAGCUUGAUUCCCGGCUGAUGUGCAUGUAUUUCAUGGGUCAAGAAGAGUUGUUACUGGGAACCAUCUCGUGGAUGUUGGUGUCUGUGGAUGUGAACAAACAUGACAGAUCUGGCAGAUACAGCUACAUGAUGCUAUAUUGUCUGUGUGUUGCUAUGACGAUGAGGAAUCAUGGCAACCAGAAUAUUCUCUGGUCUUGCAGAUGGUACAUUAGCUGUCUCAGAGAAACCUUUCAGUAGAUCAGAACCUAAUGUGGAUGUUAUAUAUGUAGCAAUUGGUCAGACUCCUGUCACAUGUCUUAUGUUGCUAGGUGAUCAAGUAUGGUGUGCCAGUGGGAACACAGUGGCUGUCAUACAUGCAAAAACACUUGAUGCAAUGGACACAUUCUCAGUAUCAGUAAAUCCCUAUGAUCAUAUCCUGUCAUUGAUUCCUAGUGAGUAUGGCAUCUGGAUCUCACUACGUGGCUCCUCCAUCCUAGAACUCUGGGACCCACACACCCUCAACUGUCGUAUGCUGUAUGAUACAAGAACUGAUAGAUACCCGCAGCUUAGAAAGGAGGAUGAUACGUAUUUCAAUCGUGCCCGUAUCACCUCGAUGUUAGCCAAUGGCAGCAAAGUAUGGGUCGGUACAGGGGAGGGAAAUCUGAUGGUGUAUGAGAUCCUAGAGUCAGCACAGUUAAAGACACCAACAGAGUUGUCUCCCUCAGUGGAAACCUCAUCAAGCAUGUCUUACAUAGCAAGGCCUGAAAAACAAAAAGAUAUUCCUAGCUGUGAACUUGCAUCAAAGUUGCGGAAAGUUUACCACCUUCAUGAGAUAAAUGCAGAUUAUACUGAAGAUUGCAGACAGUCAGUGCCUGGAGAGCAUAGAGUGAAACUGGGCAGUGUAAAACCAAAGGAUUGUAGGACUAGAUAGACAGUUCUGUCUCAUCAAGUGGAGUGAAUGAAAGGGGAAAUAGGUUGAAAGUACGGAGGCGAAGCUCUUCAGAAAACGACCUUGACAUUCUAUAUUUAACUCCUUAUAAGGAAGAUACAGAAAGGCUGAAUGCUGCACACAGUCGACAUUGUUCAGAAAACAAUUUAGAACUUUUGGAAAAGGAAAGACAUAUUAGUUCAUGUGACUCGGAUUUUAUGCUCGAUGACGUUCUUGAAGAUGAGAUGGAACAGGAACUGGAAGCUAAUGCUCGCAGGGAGAGUGUGCCAAUGCUGGUGAACGGGGACGUUGUAGAGUAUGUAAAACAUAAAAUAUUGGAAAAGAGAUUGAGUGAAAAAGGAUUGGCUGUAACAGACAAAAUAGUGAGAAAUAAGCUAUGGAACAAAAUGGAGGUAUUUCUGAUGUUGCUCUUAGACAGGUCACCUCAGACUCCAGUAGAAGUGAUGAAACUGGCUGUGAUUCCAAAACAUUGUCAAGGAAAAGCCGAACGAGUACAUCAUCUGCACAUUCAAACACAACUAAAAGUGGAAGCUGUAGUUCUUUAACCAAUAAAAUAGCAGAACCCACUGAAGUUAUUAGUGAAGACGAUGAGUAUGAAGCUGAGCUAGAAGCUAGAGCAAGAAGAGAAAGUCUGGUAAAUACAGAAAUUGAACAAAAAGCCUUAGAGAUAUUGGAAAGCAAGAUUGUUGAUGAAGGACCAGAAAUUAAAGAUUAUGGAGAUAAAGUACAUGAUGGUGAAAUAGUAAAGAUUUAUCUUGAUGCAGUUGUAGAUCAUAUUAAUGAAGAAAGGAAAAAAUAGCAAGACGAAACAGUUUACUGGGAAUAGAUGAUGAUCAUUUUGAUGAUAGUUACCUAUCUAGUAGCCCAUCAAUGUCGUUAACACCUUGUCAUUCCCCUUAUCUGGAAGACAACGUGGAUGUUUCAGCAGGUUUACCAGCUGCUGAUCAUGUCAAUGAAGAAGUGAUUAAAGAAGACAAGCCAAGAACGACAGCUCUUGGUAUGUCUAUAGACAGCACAGACGACAAUGCUACAGGUGAGAAUGUCUUGAUGGAAUCUGUUGAGGAAUCACCUGAACCUGUGGAAAACAUUGAGGUUGUAACAGCAGGUGAGGAAAUGCUUGGAAAGAGGAGAAGAUCAAGUGUGUUAGAAGAUAUCAGUAUUUUGUGUUCAGACUGUAGAAUAAUGAAACAGAAAUGCAGUGAAUGUGCAAAGUUAUUGAAGAGUCAGGAAUCGUUGAGGAUAAAUGAGAGAAUUCUGUCUAGAACAGACUCAGCUGAUAGUGGUUUGGUUGGGAGUUUCACCAGUGAGAAAAAGUCUUUGACAAAGAAUGCUGGAAAAUUGAAUGGUAUCAGAGAUAUGUGUCAGGAAAGUAGCACUGGAGAAUGGUUUUGUUCUAAUGAGAACAAAGAAAAUGCUAGUCAUAAAGUUUUGUGCAAUACAGAUAAUGCAGUUGAAAGCAUGCAACUGAGGACUGACUUGAAAAAGGAAAAAAAUAAACAAGGAAGUGAUACUGAUUUGGAUGAAGAACAAGUGAAUGAUGAUAUGAGAAUGCAAAUAAUGAAAGUAGACAGGUGAAAGUUUUUCCAAGUGGGAAGUCUGAUAAAAGGGACUUUACUAGACAGGAAAAAGUUGGUUACUGGCUACAUUCACUGUCACAAACAAAGAAAAUGGAUAAUGAAGGUAUGAGGGUAGAAAGUCAAGGUCAUGACACAAGUAAUAUAAACCAAGAAAGAAGCAAAAUGAAUAAAGAAAAUGUUGCAAGUGUAAGAGAUGGAAGUAGAGCCUCAGUUGAAAACUACAGAAAGUCAUCGAAAGACUCAGUUGGAGAUGAGGAGGUGUUUUACAGUGCUGAUGAAUCUCCUAAACUUGUCACUGGAAAAACGAGCCCAGAGAGGCCAGGGACUUUAAAUUUAUUAAGACAAGUAACAGCAGGAAUCCGGGGAAGCAAUAAGUCACAAAAUGCACGGCCAUGUAGUCGAUUAGAAUCGGGUGGUUCAGAUGGUAGUUCAGGGAGGACACAAAAAUCUACUUCAGAAAUUCAUGUGAGCAAACAUGAUUCAGAUACACAAUACUGGCUUGAUUUUACAAGUGUACAUGUAGAUACAGAUGUUGAGUCAGAGAGCAAUGUACCAAACAUUUAUGUACUAGGUGAGGACAGUCUCCAGAAACGUGCACGUCUCGGUAGCGGCGACUCAAGGAAACGGUCACUAGAUCUCGGCUCAAUUCAGGAAAACUGUUCCUGGUUGGAAUCUGAAUGUGAAUAGAAUGAAAAUAAUGAAAACACAAAUAUUACGACUGGUCAAACAGAAAAUUUUUGAAUUUCUUUAGACACCAAGCCUUGCAAGUCGUCACGCUUCACUUGGCCUGAAGAUAAUUGAAGAUGAUUUAGAAUGGACAGAUUUGUUCAGUGGACACUGCACAACACCUUCACCAACAAGUACAACAGAUCAGCGCCUUGCAGACUUCUUACGCACACCCAGCAUUAGCAGUAAACCAAGUUCUAUCUGGUCAAGCUAUGAGAAUAUUUCCACACCUUCGCAUGUAGAGGAUUCAAAGUUCCCGAGACCCAUGCCACAACACAGAGGAAGACUGAGUCAUAGUCCUAGCACAGCUUCUAUGGGUAGUGACAACGAUCUGUUAUACAAUGUUGAUCUCAACCUGGAGGCAAAGAUAAAAAACCUCCGACAAACUGGUCAAGUGUCUUCUAUCUACAGUGUGUAACCAGGAACCAAUCAUUCUCAGGUUCUCAGGGUCGUUUGGUGAUGAUGAAGCAGUGUUGAAUUGGAAGAAGCUAGAAAAUGAGCAACUAUGGACAAAUGAACCGGUACUGGAGCUAUGUCCGAAGACCAACACGGCCAUACUACCAAGCUAUAUGAGGCGACGCAUGUAGAGCAACACUUCCAGUCACUGUAGUGGUGGUAGUAGAAACAACAUAGAAUAAACAACAAAUGUAUCUACCUAUAACUGACUCAUUAAAGGACUCUUAACUUCUCUCAGUCAAAUCUGGAACAAGCAAACGAGUGUGUGAGAUUUGAAAACAAGACAGCACAUUUGAAUCAGAUUUGAAAAUAAGGAAGACACAGAAAUCAACUUUGAAAAUAAAGAAGACACAUGAAUCAAUUUUGAAAAUAAAGAAGACACAUAAAUCAACUUUGAAAAUAAGGAAGACACAUGAAUCAACUUUGAAAAUAAAGAAGACAC